UCCCAAUGCUUCAGCCCCGCAAGGGCAGGGGCCUUGUUGCUAAUCCCCAGGGCUCCUGCUGCGGUUAGUUAGUUAGUUAAUUAAUUAAUUAGUUAGUGGUUCUGAAGGUCCUGCCAGGGCUCGGGUAGCAGUAACCGUAGAAGCGCGGACAAUUACGGCCGGUUUUCUUUAGCGCUCAUGGAUCGCACCUGUCGCUUGAGUUACUCCUCAUGAGUGCCCCGAUCUACGGCGCGGCCGGCCAGGCCACCCCGGCUGCCAGGGGCUUCGUGCGCCCCGCUGGAAUUCAGAGGAUUCCAGACCCAUCCCUUCUGUCCCUCAGAUGGCUCUGCCUGCAGUGACAUUUAGAGGCUGGGUGGGAGCAGGCGCCGGGAAGCUCAGCACGGCUCAGGCAACAGCAGAAUCCUUCAGCCAAAUUAUGCUGUUUUGAUGCUUUGUCUCUUGCACACAGAUAUUCACCCACUUUUAAAAAUAAUCCAAUAAACUGGAUUCUUCUCCAAAUUUUCUUCCCAUGAGGUUGCAGUAAGAAACUUGAUGUCAUUUGAGCAGGACAAUUAAACCCCUGAGGAAAUAUUAGACAGGCCAUAGAGAUAGGAUUACUUGCUACAAAGAAGCACCACCGCACUACAAUGUAAUGAAGCCCUUACUCGCAACCAUUUCAGGAUGCAGCCAAAUGUAUUUUUUGCCUUGAUUUUUAACCAUACAGAUUAAUUGCUGGACCUCCAAAAUACAAAGAGGAGUAUCUUGAAAUGCCUGGUAUUCAGCUGUGGAUUUUGGAGCAUGAUGAAAAAUGGAAAAUACGUCUGACUGCCGCAGAGAGGGCUUGGAGAUGAUCCCUUGAAAGCACUAGGAUGCCUGGCUGCUUUAAAAAGACAUUAUUUGCCUUGGCUUCCCUAAUAAGUUUUGUGUCUUUUAUCUUGAUUGUUGUUGCAAUGGGGAUCCCAAAGUGGAUGACUGGAAAGAUCCUUUGCAAAACAGGGGCUGAUUUGGUCAAUGCCACAGAUCCAGAGAUGGUCAAGUUCAUUGGAGAAAUUUACUACGGACUCUUUCGGGGCGGCAAAGUACGCCAAUGUGGCUUGGGCGGGCGGCGUUCCAAAUUCACAAUUUUCCCACACAUGGUGAAAAAGUUGAAUACAGGCCUGCAUGUGAUGAUCAUAAUGUUCCUCUGUGUGGCCAUUUUUUUUUCUCUGGUCAGUUUUGGAUUCGGCAUUCUUAACGCAAUAAAAGUUCCUUACCGGGCUAUUAACGGUCCAGCAGGAGCAUGCCUUUGGAACUUCCUUGCAGGUGGAUUUGUAGCACUUGGAGUCACCAGCUUCAUGGCUGCUGUGAAACUUCAUCACCUCACAGAAAGAAUUGCCAAUUUUCGGGAAAAUGUCUUUCGGUUCGUUAUCUUAGAAGAACGCUUUGAAAACUGUUUUUGGAUUUGUGUGGCAAGUGCCACAGCACAUGCAGUGAAUUUGCUGCUCAUAGCCAUUAGUGGGAUUCAUUUCCCUAAAAUUAAGACUAAAACAGAAGAAGUAAAUGUUACAGCAGAAGAUAUCAUGUACUAACAAAUCUACACAAAACUAUUUUGGUCAAGUGAACUGUUGUGACAGGAACAGCUUCUUGGCUCUUCAGCCUUUGUUUUGGAUAGAUGAUUUAUGUACAAACCUGAGUAAACAUGUCAGUCUACAAUACCAGCAACUAACAUGUCUGUAAAAAAAAUUUAAAAAACCCCAAAUGCUAUAAAUAUCAUUACUCUCAAAACUGACUGGUAUCUGCAGUGAGUAUAUGCUGUUUCAGUUUUUAGAAAAUUUGCACUUUGGGGUUUUUUAGAAAGCUAAGGUGAAAUAUUUCAUCAAACCAAAUGUCUUCUUUAUUUAGAAAGACAAUGUUUAUCACAAUCUUUAAAACUAUAAGGUUAUUUCAAAAGAGAAAGCAUGUAUAUUUGGAAUUUACUUUCACAGAGUUAUCUACAGCAUAUUAAGAAGGACAUAUAUCUUUGAUGAUGUUAUACAGCAUUGAAAAUAGAACUUCAACUGCGAGGCUAAAGUUAAGGGGCAGCAAAGGCUAAGUGUGUGUGUAUUAAAUGUUUUUAAAAAAGAAAUUAUCCAAUAUCACAAGGCAAAGAAGUGAGAAAUGUAAAGUAUAUGGGAUGCUAUUAGUCUGUGAAGAAAAAAUUAUUAGCUGCUAGAUGAAUGUUUUAUUGCAGCUUUUGGAAGUAAACAGAUAAAGGGUAAUAGUGUUUUUAGAUAACCUGGAAAACAUUAAUCUGACAGAUUAAUUUUCUUCACAACUGUGUUAAUUGUUGUCUAUCUGAAAUCAAGUAAAAGUGAUGUAUGAUAAAACAGUAUUGAAAUGAAUAGAACUGGCUAAAUGGACGGAAAAGUUACUUUCUUAGGAAGGACCAUAAUUUUGACAAGGAUUCCAUUAGUUCAGCGGUCCCGAGGAGUGAGUAUUUUUGGGAAAAGGAUAUGGAAUAUAUCAUUAGUAAUGGAUACAGUGGCCUCUACCAUCUCUGGGUUUGGCUCUACAAGGUUAGCAGGAUUAUGAGCGAAGCAGAAAUUUGUGAGGGUGCCUUUGCAAUAGGCCCUACUAACCUAUCUUCUUCUUCAAGACACCAUGAGCCACUUUUGUUUUUCAGGAGCGCUAAAAUUAUUUUUAAAAAUUUAAAAGAUAGAUGGAAAAUUAUGAUGAGUCUAGACAACUGUUACAAUUUUAGCAUAAAGGAGACUCAAUAAAGCAGA